AGGCAGCCAAGGUGGCUGGGCAGGUGCCACCACAGAAAGGAUCUCAAGACUGGUCAACACGUUGAUGUGGUUGCGUCCGGAUGCAACUGCUGCCAUGGCCGACGUGUAGGACCAGCAUCCCUGCGCCAGGAGCCAGUUCAGAAUGACGGAAGAGGCAUGCCGGACCCGAGGCCAGAAGCGGGCGCCUGAGCGAGACCCGGCCGAGGAUGAUGCUGAUGGCAAGAGAGUGAAGAUGGACAGAGGGCUGGUGGCUUCAGACUCGAUGGCAGGGACUGACACUGCAGUGCGGGCUGAGCUGGGCCCCGGCCCAGUGCUACCCAGAGCAGGCGAGACGGGAAGAGCAGAUGAAGGACAGGCAGUCGACGGGCCUGUGGACAUGCGCACUUCACAGAGUGAUGUGAAGGCUGAGAGGAGGGCCCCCUCACCCGAUGUGAUCGUGCUCUCUGAUGGUGAGCAGCCAGCCAGCCCGAGGGUGAAUGGGCUGAUGAGAGUGGCGCUGACGGAGACCAGCACUGAGGCCCUCAUGAAAAGUAGUCCCGAGGAACGAGAAAGGAUGAUUAAGCAACUAAAAGAAGAAUUAAGAUUAGAAGAAGCAAAGCUUGUCUUAUUGAAAAAGUUAAGGCAGAGUCAGAUCCAGAAGGAAACCCCUGUCCCGAAGCCCACUGGCUCCUCAAGUUCUGUGACCACCCCUCCCCCGCUUGUGCGGGGCACCCAGAACAUUCCUGCUGGCAAGCCAUCAUUACAGGCCUCCUCGGCCCGCAUACCCGGGAGUGUCAUCCCGCCGCCCCUGGUCCGUGGUGGGCAGCAGACAUCUGUGAAAUCAGGGCCUCAGCCCAAUGCCCAGGUCGUCAUGCCCCCCCUUGUUCGAGGGGCCCAACAAAUCCACAAUAUCCGACAGCAUUCUGGAACAGGGCCACCUCCACUGCUUCUGGCCCCCCGGGCUUCUGUGCCCAGUGUGCAGAUCCAGGGGCAGAGGAUCAUCCAGCAGGGUCUGAUCCGUGUCGCCAACGUGCCCAAUGCUGGUCUGCUCGUCAACAUCCCUCAGGCCUCCCCAGCAUCCCUGAAAGGGUCAGUAGCCACCUCUGCUCAGGUGAGCAGUACCAGCACCGGCACUGUGGGCACAGUUGCUCCCGGUGACUCCCCGGCCAGCCGCCAAGCAGCCGCUAAGCUUGCACUGCGCAAACAGCUGGAGAAGACGCUGCUGGAGAUCCCGCCACCCAAGCCCCCUGCCCCUGAGAUGAGUUUCUUGCCCAGCGCUGCCAACAAUGAGUUCAUCUACCUGGUGGGCCUGGAAGAAGUGGUACAGAACCUGCUGGAGACACAAGCGGGCAAAGUGUCGGCCGCUGCAGCACUGUUGUCCCGUGAGCCCUACUUGUGCACACAGUGCAAGACGGACUUCACAUGCCGCUGGCGUGAGGAGAAAGGUGGUGCCAUCAUGUGCGAGACCUGCAUGACCUCCAGCCAGAAGCGGGCACUCAAGGUGGAGCACACCAGCCGGCUGAAGGCCGCCUUCGUGAAGGCGCUGCAGCAGGAGCAGGAGAUGGAGCAGCGGCUGCUGCAGCAGGGCACACCCAUACAGGCCAAGGCAGAGCCCACCAGCGCAGCACACCCCGCGCUCAAGCAGGUCAUUAAGCCCCGGCGUAAGGCAGCGUUCCGCUCAGGAGAGGCCCGCAACUGGACUAACGGGGCCGAACUACAGGCCUCCAGCCAGCUGUCCCGGGGCCCCGCCGUGACAGCCCGCAGCGUCCUGCACACCUUUAGCCAGUCGCCCAAACUGCAGAACGCAGCUGCAGCCCUCGCAACCAGGACCGGCAAGCAUUCCGAGAGGGCUGUGGGUGCCGGCAAAGGCAGUGCCGCCCCAGGCUGGAAGAAGGCAACCCUGAGCGCAGGUGGAGCCCUUACCUUCGUCAGUCCGGGCUUGGCGGUACACAAGGCAGCCUCAGCUGUCGACCGCCAACGCGAGUACCUCCUGGACAUGAUCCCACCACGGUCCAUCCCCCAAUCGGCCACAUGGAAAUAGUGGAGACCGCCUCCCUCCUCCCUCUCCCCACACGGCCAUCUCUGCAGAGAAGUGCCGAGCCAGCCUGUCCUCCACCCUGGAGUCGCCGCUGCCGAGUGUGGUCGCCAAGCAAGUGACCUGAGAAUGCUGCAAAGCCUACGCAGCACAGCGCUGGGUGAGGAGGACCUCUCCCUGGAGAGACUGUGCCGCUUUCUUCCUUCCUCUGUUUGCCUUUAGUUUGCCGUCACCAGCAGAAAAGCGGACCCAGGGGUAGUUCUGCAUUGCUCCAGUCCCCACCCCAACCCGGCUCCAGGCAGAUGCACUCCCCUGGACGUGAUGCAGCGAGUGAGAGCAGCCAGUCCCAGCGCAAAGCAGGUGGCCCAACUCUGCUUCCCCACCCUGCUCCCUACUCUCUGUGGAGGCGGCCCAUCACUUGACAUAGCUGAAUCACCUCACAAUGAUGGAGUUGAAAGCAAACUGUGCAGACGCUUGUCCUGACAGCAGGCAACUGGCAGCCGGAGACUGGACCAACCCAGCAGGAAAGCCCUCCGCUGCUGCUCAUUCAACGACCUCGGAACCCUCUUGCUCAGCAGAACAGAAUGAACUGAGGCCUACUGGGCCAGGUUCUGGACAUACUGCUGGUGAGGAAGGAAGAUGGCACAGAGUCCAGGAGCUUGGCUGGGAGCAGAAGGGGGCUGCUAGUUUUGUUUUUUGUUUUGUUUAUUAAAUGUCUCCUUUCCUUUUCCUAUUGAUUUGGAUGGAUGGAAUCAUAUGCUGCCCUGACUGUGAAAAUAGUGUCAGGUACACAUGACAGGUGUAUCCUGGGUCAGAGACUGGCCCAGGGGCUGCUCCUGUACCCUGCCUCCCCCUCCACAUUUCAGGACUUUGGCUGGGUCUAGGCUAGGAACCUUCCCUUACAGCAGAGGUGCUGUUGUGGGUCAGCCUCAGGUUUUUCUAUCCCUUCGUGUCCACAGAAACGUCUUUAGAAAGAUCAGCUCUGCUCUUAGGGGUUUUUUUGUUGUUUUAGUUUUCCUUACCCGCUCUAGAAAGCAAAAGGAAGCCACACACGACCUCCCCACAGGGCAGCUCUGCCCUAGUCUGUCCCUGGUCGGGGCUCAAGACUUCAUUUCAACCCCUACUGUGCAGGGCUCCCUCCUUCAGACACAACUGUUACUGUAAUCAAACCUCCUGUAAGCCCCUUCUCAUGUUGUGUGAAUAAUGUGUUUAGGAAACAUUUUUGACAGCAGUGGAGACCUAGUGUUGCAAGAGAUUCUUCUUUUUGUUGUGUUAAAAACCAAGUUUUCUCUUUUGGUUUUUGUUUUGAGCACAUCACUUCAUCUGGCCGAGGAGAAGAGACCAGGGCAGGGUGGCCUUCCUCCCAAGGUCUAGGGGUGUGGGGGGAAUGGAGGGACAUCAAUAUUCAGGAGGAGAAAAGGGUGUGUUUUUACACCCAAAAACCAAGAGUAUGCAAGUGUUUUUAUUCCUCGCAUUUUUCUGUGUGCCUGGCAAAUAAAUACCUGUCUUAUACGACCUGAGCUGUUGGCCCUCUGUUCACACCACGGGCCAGGUGCUCCUAGUCCUCUGAGAAGGAGUGCCUGGCGGCCCUCCCCCAGGAAGUCAACGUCAUGCUAUGCAGAGAAAUGGUGCAGCUCUAAGUAGAGGCUUCCUGCGUUGUUGGCAGCAUCCAGCCGCAAAGUGUGCUCCUUGGGCCUGUGACAAAGGCUGCCAGCCCUAUCGGACUCUUGCUUCUUCCAUCGUGCUCAGGAACCAUCGCUCGGAACACACCUUCCUGGGCUUGGGGCUUGGACAGACCUGGGAGUUGAGUACAGACUGACCCUGCAGGAGAAGGAGUCUCAGGCAGAGAGGAUGGGUGGCCUGGGACUGACUCAGCCCUCCAACCCCUCGGCCACUCAAUCAGGGACGACAUACUGUGAUGCACGGUAGCUUUUUCUUUAAAGGGGCAAGAAUGUAAGACGCCUUAAUCUUUAGUUCAUUUUUACUACCUUGAAAUUUCCAUUUUUCAUUGGUCCCUUUUACAGUGUAAUUUCUAUUAUAAUAAACCGCAGAUCACAGGUAACUCUGUGAGGAAAUUUAUGUUACCAGACAUGACAUUAAAAUACCUCUCGGGGCAGGAAUCUGAACAAGCCGUUGGAAAAGGCACUGGUUCCUGUGCUGGGUGUCAACCACCAGUGCAGGUCCUCCACAGGAGCCUUGAGAAUGGGAAGCCAUAAUGACAAGACCAACUCUUGUGACGUUCCCAAUGACCUGUCACAACCCCCUGGGGGCAACUGGAAACGCAGAAGUGUAUAAGUACUGCCAUGCUAUUGGAGCGGAAUUCCUCUUACCUGGGUUAAUUUGGGGGUUUGCCACCCAGAAGUGUGUGCAUGUGUUCCCACUUGGAGCUCACCCCCACCCCUACCCGGACCAUCCUGGCCUCCUCAUGGGGUCCCUCAGCGGUCCCCUAAUGUCAGAAAACUAUCUGAUGAUACGGUCAUGAGUGUUGGAAGUUUGUAUUCAUAGGACAGGGGACCAGAGGCCACUCAGACCCCCCACCCCCCACCACCCCCAUGUCCUGUGGCUUCUUUCUGGUCCCCUCAGGGGUCUUUUUGGGCCACAUCCUCUCCUGUUGUAUGGAGACCCGCAGGGAGUUCUGGGUACAUAGCUGGUGCAGAGGGAUGCAAACACAGAAAGGUAGGCCUUGCUACUUGGCCUCCCAGUUUUUCUUUAAUGCUGAGCUAGGCUGUACAGGAGGUUGCAGAAACAAAUUGGACUGAGUUUGUUUUUUUUUAAAACUUUUCUAUUCCUUUAACAAAGUGUAAUAGACAGUUACACUAGUGCAGGGUAUUUGGGGGCCUUAGGGGGAAGGCUGUCACUUGUAUUUAUUGUGACUCUAAAUUUUUUAUAAUAAAAUGUUAAAAAAAAAUGUUUGGCACCAAACUGGGAUAGUUCCAAUAUGAUGCUGGAAUGGGUAACUGUGUUGUCAUGAGGCAAUUCUAGAAUCGGAAGGACAAUAAAGAAAUGGACCCUG